AGGAACAGGUUUACAUGGUGCAGUCUCAUUAGUUCUUAAUUUGCCUCAACUUGAGAGUUCAACUAAUUUCUUGAGUUUGCAUGGUGUAAUCUUUUGGGUCUCAAUCUCAUGAAGGUGGAAGGGGCUGCUGCAGAGGGAGGAAGAACUCCCUGCAUCUGGGACACCUUUGCACACGAAGGGAGAACAGAGGACAAAAGAACUGGAGACAUAGCAGCUGAUCAGUAUCACAAGUACAAGGAAGAUGUGAAGUUGAUGCAUGACAUGGGCCUGGAUGCCUACAGAUUCUCUAUCUCCUGUAGCAGAGUCAUUCCUAAUGGUAGAGGGCCAGUUAAUCCAGAAGGGGUGCAGUAUUAUAAUAACUUGAUCAAUGAACUCAAGAAAUAUGGAAUUGAACCUCAUGUCACUCUUCUUCACUUUGACCUCCCCCAAUCUUUGGAAGAUGAAUAUUCUGGACUCUUGAGCCCAAAGAUUGUGUACAUUUCUACUACAGCCCUUUCAUUUGCAUCUCCUCGAAUAAUGUCUAAGAUAGUGUCCAUUGUGAUGCAGAGAGGGCUUCACUGCUUAUGCUGA